AGUCGCUAGUUGUUACAUUCAGCAUAUUGUUAUUCAUUAUCGUCCAAUAAAAAAUAUAUUAAUUGAAAGAGUACAUUCAUCGCAUCGAUUCUUAACCUUGAAACAGCUAUCAAUACGUAAUUCUUUAGAUAUUUUAGAUGUAAUAUACAUAAAAAUGUCAAAAGUGAAUUCAGAGACACCUAAUGGUGAAUCUGCAGUGGUGACUGAAGAAAUUGCUGAAAAACGCAUUGGUUGUGCUCAUUACAAACGAAGGGCCAAAUUUGUGACACCAUGCUGCAACAAGCUGUAUAUGUGCCGAUACUGUCACGAUGAGAAUGAAGAGCACUACUUCAAUAGAAAGUCAGUUUCAGAGCUGAUAUGCACGGAAUGUGAUACUCGGCAGAAGGUCCAAGCGGAAUGUGUGAACUGCGGAGUGAGAUUUGGCAAUUAUACAUGUCUGAUAUGCAACUUGUUUGACGAUGAAGAUAAGAAACAGUACCACUGUGAAGGCUGUGGCAUAUGUCGUGUGGGAGGGCGGGAUAAAUUCUUCCACUGUGAGCGAUGUAACAUGUGCUUGCCCGUACAGUUGAAAUGUGUUGGUCACAGGUGUGUAGAGAAUGUGUCCCGGUCCAACUGCCCCGUGUGCUUGGAGGACAUACACACGUCGCGCAUCCCGUGCCACAUCCCGGACUGCGGACACCUGCUGCACCGCCCGUGCUUCGAGCAGAUGCUCAAGUCGGGACACUACGCCUGCCCCACGUGCCAGACCAGCAUGAUUGAUAUGACCAAUCUAUGGAACUACCUGGACUCCGAGGUGGCAGCGACUCCCAUGCCGCCCGAGUACGCCGACUACAAGACGACCAUUCUCUGCAAAGAUUGUCACAAGUUAUCAACUGUAAAGUUUCACGUGGUCGGACUCAAGUGUCAGCACUGUGGCGGAUACAAUACGUGUCAAACGAAUGGAUUCCACAAAGAUAGCGGCAGUUCCGAGCAGUGCGAUUCAUCGUCGUCUCCGUCGAGCUCCACCAGUCGAAGUUCGACCUUCGAGCCGAGAGACGAACCGAUCAACGACGACCUACCGCAAGCCAAUCCACUCGACGAACCCCCGCAGGCCUGACCAGAACCGGAUCAAACCGGACCGAGCCGGACCGAUCCCGGAACAAACCGGCACGUCUGACGUCAUGCGGACUAAUUUUGUACUUUAAUUGGACGUCUUUUUUAUGUAUAGCGUAUUAACUAUUUCUAAAUGUUUUGGA